GUGCAGCUUCUUUGCAUGCAAGUGUGUUCGCGUUGGAACAAGAAAUCUUCAGAAGUAACAGGAGCGCUGCGCACCACAUGCAUUUUGAAACUGGACCUGAAUUAUGCGGGAGAGAUUGGAUGGGCAGAGCGACUGAAUCCCUGUUAGUGAUUGGCUGUGUCGUCGACUCUGUCCGCAACUCCGACCUGCAAGGCUAUAAAAGGCUUUUUUAAAAAUUAAAAGCUGCCGAUUUGUCAAGAGACGGCGGCCCUGAUGCGCGUUCUGCUGCUCCAGGCACUCAGAAGGGCUCCAGGCAAUGGAUCUAUAGCUACUGUGGGAUGUGAAAUCUUGGUGCACCUCUGGCUCCCAACGCUGCUUCCAGUCUCUUGAGGCAUCUAUACUGAUAACCUCCUUUGUCCCUAUGAGAAUAUUGGAGACUCUUCCUCAAAAGUCCAUGAUGGCGGUGGAUGUAGCCAUGCAACUGUACUUGCGUUCGCCCUCUUUGCGGAGAGACCAUUUUGCCUACAAAAUGGCUCCGAAGCUCAAAAAGCCUUUGCGUCCUUGCAUCCAUUUGGGCAGCAGUACUGAACUGGAUGAGCUGGGAGCAGAAGUAAAAGCUUUGCAGAGGAGCAGGGUGAAAAAGAGGGUUUCCUUUGCAGACAGCAGAGGCCUGGCUCUGACGAUGGUGAAAGUGUUCUCCGAGUUUGACGACCCAUUGGAUAUUCCAUUUAAUAUUACAGAACUAAUAGACAACAUUGUGGGCCUGACAACCGUGGACAGAGAUGACUUUGUCUUGGAUUUUGUACAGCCUUCCUCAGAUUAUUUGGACUUCCGGAAUCGUCUCCAGGCAGACUAUGUCUGCCUGGAGAACUGCAUGCUGAAGGAUAAAGCCAUCGUGGGCACCGUGAAGGUUAGGAAUCUUGCAUUUGAGAAGGCCGUGAAGAUCCGGAUGACAUUCGAUACCUGGAAGACUUUCACAGACUACCCAUGCCAGUAUGUUAAGGACAUGUACGCAGGUUCAGACAAGGACACAUUUUCCUUUGAUGUCUGCUUGCCAAAGAGAGUCCAGCCCCAUGAAAGAAUAGAGUUUGCUGUGUGCUACGAGUGCGAUGGCAAAGUGUAUUGGGAUAGCAACAAAGGUCUGAAUUACAGGAUCAUUCGGUCUGAACUCAAAUCUGUCCGGGAGAUUUCCCAGCCUCAAGGCGAACCUGGUUUUGGAAUUGCCUUUGAUCAGUUUGGAAGCCCUAGGUGUUCCUACGGCCUGUUUCCUGAAUGGCCUAGCUAUUCAGGGUAUGAAAAACUUGGGCCUUAUUAUUAAAUUAAAGACUGUUUAUGUAUUUAAUGUGCAGGGUUUCAUUUUUUUUUAAGACUUUGCUCAAGUGUCACAGUUGCCAAAGGAGGUGCAUAUUUAUAGCUGCAGAAAGUGAAACAAAAGAACUUUUGAAACUGGUGCCUGCAGAUGGUUUAAAACCAGAUGGACUCUGCAUCAUUCUGGUUAUUGUGAAUUUAAACAGCUAAAAGGUGGAUGUGGGGGGAAUGUUCCAGGUGUUAAGACCAUGCUGCUAGUCCAGUUGAGCACUCACUGCUUCCAUUUGGCUUGCAUAUCUACAUCCACAAUAUUUGGGAGCUGUGCAGAGAGACUUUCUUAACUCGGCUGUACUAUGGAGUCUGCUUUUGCGACACAUUUCUAAAAAGCUACUUUAUUUUUUUAUUUAUAUCUAUAGUCUGCUUUUCAAGAUUAAAAAAAAACUCAAUGCAGUUUACAGAGAAAAAAGAAUAAGAAGCAGCUGGUUCCCUGUCCCAAAAGGGCUCUCAAUCCAAAAAGAAAAACUCAAAGGAGAGCUUGCCAAUAGCCAGUGGAAGAAUGCUGUGCUGGGCAUGAAUAAGGAUCGUUCGCUGCUUGCUAAAUAUAAGAACCACCACAUGCAAGGUGCCUCUUUGCCCACUUAGCAAAUUUAAACAGCUAAACUUGUGACUUGUUCGUUUGACGAAAAGUAAUGGGAAUACUAUGGGUGGGAACAUGUAAGCAAAGACUCUUCUCCUUUAGUUGAGUUGUCUUUCCACGAGAGACCAAGACUUUCCGAUAAAAGGGACUCUAAUUGCAGCUAGAAUUAGGACCCUGUUUCCUUCCUUAUUAGGAAAUGCCUUCAUUUGUGGGAAGAUACCAGGGUGCUUACUCACCAUUCUGCCUGUGUGUCUUUUUGUCAAAGAGAAGAAUUAAGUUCUCUGCAACUGUUGAAGUGGAAGAUUCUUUCUGUAGUUUCAGACAUGUGGUGGUGUAGCUUCCGAGUCGGUGUAUGUGAAUAUAGGUAUGGGGCUGCUAUUUUUAUAAUGUGCCUUAGCAACUUCUGUAAGUUUGGAGGCAGGGGUAUGAAGAAUAAUUUUCUAUUUUAUUUUUAAUUAAAACCUCUUAACUUUUCAUACCACCAUCUUAUUUAAAUAUACUUCCUUUUGGGGUCUGGUGGAUGUAGUUUUAUUAGAGUUUUUUAACUACUACUUUUUUGUUGUAUGAAUUUUAUAGAGUGGGUAAAUGUUACUGACAAAAUCAAAGCAUAUUGGUCAUUUAAAGAACAUCCACUUUAUCCAGUUUCACAUUGCCCACCUGUUGUCCAGGCACAGACCGAAAAAAGGUGGGCAGGGGAGGGCCAAAGCAAUGGAGGUCACAAGACUGGUUCCUUGGAAGACUCAACAACCCAGAAAGAACUGCAGUGCAAACCUUUUUGUGUUCAUAUGUUAAAAAAUGUGUUCUUCUUAACCAUUAAAGUAGAUGGCUCCAGUAAUAGUUUGGCAGAAACCUAGCUUUCCAAGCCCUUAAUGCAGACCUGCUCAACUUAAGCCCCCAGAUGUUUUUAGACUACAACUUCCAUAAUCCCCAGCCUCAGUGGCCAGUAGCCAAGGAUUAUGGGAGUUGCAGGCCAACAUCUGCAGGAGGACCGAAGUUGAGCAGCCCUGCCUUAAAGUAUAAAACUAAAGAAAUCCAGGUCCUUCCAAACUUUCUGUUUGUGAGUCCAAGUCAGUGGAAGGUCAACCCAGUACAGCAACACCGUGAACAAACCGUAUUUUCUCUAAUCCCUUCUCACUGCAGUGAGUAAACUACUUCAAGGCAUGGAACAAAUUUACUUGUUGGGUGCUGCAGGGCAAAAAUGAUGCAAAUUCACUUACUCUGCCCAAGUGUGGUGUUUUUCAACAAACCUUGAAAAACCAUUUUGCUAUAUGAGACUUGGCCUCCUAAUCAGUAGCUUUAUCUCAGUGGCAGAGCACAUCUCAUGCAGACAGGAGAUCCCAGGUUGAGUCCCUGGAAUCUCCAGGAAGGGCAGGGAAGGACCCGCUCUGAAGCCAUGUUUUUAUGAUGAAGUAGAAAUACGUUCCUAGAGUCUCCCACUAAGUGGGAGUAAAGAGUAGCACCCAGAGAUCAGGGGAGAGCACUGCCAGUGUGUGCUGAGGACUGGGGGAGUGCCGCAGGUAUGGAAAUGGCAGCAAGCAGAGGAGGAGCAGGGAUGGGCCUGUUCUCUUCCAUGUUAAAGGUGCUGUGGAAGCCUUCAGUGUUAAAGGGACUGUACUGCGAGUUGGAUGCUGAAUUGCAUUUUGGCACAUCCAUAGCCCCCAGUUGCUAACCCAGAGAGGAGGCAGUGGCUGCUGUAGCAAUGGAAUUUGACAGCAGUCUGCUUUAGGGAGAAGGGCUUGGACCCUUGGCUACUCCUUCCUCAAGCACCCACCUGGCAAAUCUAGUUGCUAACCAGAGCCUCUAAAGUGUGUGCGUUCCUCUUUCUGCCAUGGAAAAGCAAACUGUCUCAAUAUUAUGGCUGAUAGAAUCAUGAGAGUGGGGACUAUAGCUCAGUAGAGACCUGGGAGCUUUUGCUUUGCCUGCAAAAGGUCCCAGGUUCAGUCCAAGGCCUCUCCAGGGAGGGCUCCAAUGGUGCACCUAUUUUAUGUGUCGAGAUGAUGACUUUUUAACAGCCCUCAAAAUAUAUAAAUGGGGUUAAUGAAGCCUGCUAGAGGUCAGUGUCUAAGUGUAGGGAAAUAGUUAAAAUAAAGCUUUAGCAUUGCAGCUUGAAAGAUUACAGCAGCAGUCAUUAAAUGGAUUCAUCCUUGCUGCAUGUUCAAUUCCUACCAGACACCUAAUCUGUCUUCACAUUUUACAGGAAAAGUAUAUCCUAUUUCUGCUUUAGUGUAGAAGUCUUGCAUUCAGACUCCCCCCCCCCCCCGAAUUGUAAACUUGGGCUGUUCAUGAUUGGUGUCCCUAGAUACUGACAGAUGUUGAAUUCAUUCACUGGAAAAAUACAGCUGUGAUUAACUAAUGCAUGAUAAUCUAGUUCUUUUGAUUCGAGGCUAUUUUACCCCCUGAUCGCAGUCUAAUUUGCACACAGUCCCCAACGUGAGUUUUUUACAUGAGGUUGGGUGCCAGUGAGCCUUCAACUCACAUAGACUUUUCUUUGCAAGCCCUGACCAUGUGAUCUGCUCAGUAUAUAUCAAGCCUACAUCCUGAUACCAUGUGGGGGAUGGAACUGAGACUUGUGGAACUCAGCACACUGGAACAUAAAUCGGGUUAGCUGUUAACCUCAAGGGUUGGGAUCCAGUGUCUUCCAUAAAUCUGCCUUCCUGAGGGCUUUAUGUCAGGCUUGAGUUAUUUCCUCUGGUAGCCUUUAGAGCUGCUUCAGGUGACCUGAGGACAGUAGCUUCAAAUGUGAAAUUCUGAAUUGUGCCUAAGUUUGUUACAGUCUGCAGUAUGGUAGUUCCCUCUUAAAAAUGGGUGGGAACUCUGUGUUAGAUGCUGUGUGUAUGCCGGUGGGGUGGGGGGUGGGGGCGUGCCACACAGCAGAUGGCAACAAGACUGUGAAAUGGAAACCUAGAACUGUUGCCUCAAAUACGCCCAUCACAAUGCCUUCCCCUCCUCACUUUUUCCUGUUUUAUAGCCAACGUUUUUUGGUCUGUCCUACUGUGAAUGUAACUGAGGAAUUGUUCUCUUCCAUUUUAGGCUUCAGAGUGCCUUGCAUGUGUUAAAAUAUUUUGUAUACAACUAAAAAAUGCACUUUAUAAUCACAAUGGAUUUAUUUUCUGUAUUAUGACCAUUUGGUUUUUAUCUGACAGCAAUAAAUAAAUGUUACAAGGA